AUGUCUGGCGAUCUAAGCGCCCUCGUUGCUCGUCUAGAAGCUGUAACCGCUCGUCUGGAGUCUGCUGCUGACAAGGCGAGUGGAGGAGCACCAGAAGGUAUGAUUGAAUCUUUGCGAACAGAGGGAAGUCUUGGAUCAAUAUAUUUAACGCUCAGACAUUUCCCUUACUCUAACUUGCGUGCUUAUCUUUUUAUCUAUUUAUAUUGUUGGAAUUGCAGAUGUUGGAGUGUUGGUUGCAGCUUACGACGAGGUAUAAUAAGACGUUUUGUUAAAUGCGACAAAGUUUCCUGGCGGAGUUUGCCAAGUUCAGCUUAAAUUUUUUGAUUGCUUCCUGUCACGUAGGUGUUAAACGGCAAAGUGGCUGAAUUUUAUCAGCUUUCAAGCCAGAUUGGUGGUGAUGUUGACACGCAGGUAAAAGAACCUUCAAAAAUUAUGUCAAGUAACCUGGUCUUGUUAUGAAGAACAUGGUUACCAGUGAAGUAUCAUUUCAUACAGCUUCCUCAACGUUAUUAUUAAGCUUAUAUUUGUUAUUAUUAUUAUUAUUAUUAUUAUUAUUAUUAUUAUUAUUAUUAUUAUUAUGUUAUUGUAAUCUUUAUAAGCUUAUUAGAAAUGUUAUUGUUGUUGUUGCUGUUUUUAAUGUUAUCUCCUUACUGCUCGUUGCACCUCUUCCCCGAUCUUAAUCAGUAAUGUAGAGUCCAGUGAGCGGGAGUCUGAUUUGUUUGAUCACGAGAUUACAGACCUGUUUGGACGAUACAAACUGCUGUUACCAGUUAAUCAUGGUUAAACUCAAAGGCUCUCUCUCAAAAUGUUUCUGCAAAAAGACCCCAUCCCAUCCCAUCCCAUGUGGGGGUGAUCACACUAUCCAAUAGCCUCCCACGCAGAUGUUCUAAGAGGUUCAUCACGCAUUCCUGCCCCAUGAAUGCUGCUGACUUGAGCGGAAAAAAAACGUAGACCAAUCACAGCAGACUUCCAGAUUUGGGAAGUGCACUUUGCACUUUGAGAAAUUUUGCGCUUCACUUUAUAGCUCCAGAAAAGAUCAGAAAGGUCUCAUGAAAGGUGAGGACCUUACAGUUUUAGAACAAACCACUCAGUUAACUCACAAGCAUUCAUACUAGUGGCUGUCCCGACAAUCUCAUUAAAAAAAUUACCUCAGAGGUUAAAUUUGCUCAACGGAAGUCGGCUUUACUACAAAGCAAUAAUGUGUGAAAAAAAAUCUGCCUUUUGUUCAGUCUUACAAGGUGACUCCGCUGUUGCAUCACCCAAAGAACAACUUUAUGAGCAAAUAACAUCUAAUCCAGCCCUUACAGAGAGAAAUACAUACAAAAAGCCAACGAUUAUCUCCUAGAUUCUCAUCCAGAGCAAAAAUCUUUGGCCACGUAUCACACUCUACAGCGCUUGUACGUAAGUGUUUGGCUUGUCGACACUUUGACUUCAACAGCGCCGAUUGGUUCUCCGAUAAUUUACAUGUGAUUUCCAGCUGAUACUUGCAAACAAUGGGAAAGGAAUUUAUCUUUCAGUUCAGCAGACGUUCGUGGAGUAGGAACGCGUGAUGAACCCCUGAGAACGUCUACGUGGGAGGCUAACUAUCCAGUUACUUAGGCAUAACAUGUACUGUCCUAUUACACUGAUCUAUCAAUGCUGCAAUCAGUGCUACUGAUAGCCAAUCAGAUUUGAGAAUUUCUUAUAGUUGCCAUUAAUGACCCUUAAAAAUCAGAGUAUAAGUAAUAUUUCAUGCAAAUAUUUAUCUCAAUUUUAACGUAGGGAAAACCAUAAGCACUACCCAGUCUACUUGCCAUGGUGACCAAGAAAAUGGUCUCAGCUUGAAGUGAUGCUUGAAACCUUUUUCUAUUGAUAACAUACUUAUCAUUUUUUAGAGUUUCAACAAACUAUUUUAGGGCUUUCUACAGUAUGGAAAAGUCAAUGGAUGCAAAAAAAACGUAAUGUGUGUCAUGCUUGAAUGUGCUGGAUUAUUCCACAGGUUAAGCUUGUAAAGAAGGCAUUUGAUGCUCAGCGAGGAAUUAUUGUUCUUGCAUCUAAGAGCCAGAAGCCAAGUAUGGUAAGGAUAUCAGUAGUUAUCAUCAGUUAAGAGAGUAAUACAUUCAUUACAAUUUGGGGAUGUCAAAACUAACUGAUUCAGGGGUUUAAAGGUAAAGGUCCUUAUUUUCUCCCAGCAACUUGUAACAGUGCUUAAACUGACAGCAGACCUGAGGCUGAUGACGUGCUCAUUUUGUGUGCCUCUCUCCACCAGUGCUUCAUUCACAGAGAUUUAAAGCUACUAAAAGCUACACAGAAAGAAAAGAAGUCGAAACAGUGAUUUGAGGUCACACCGUGGAAUGUGUAGUUCCAGAAAAAAUCCAGACCCCCACCACGGAGGGAAUUUCACUUAGGACCCCCCCACCUCCCUGGAUUUUCCAUUUUUGCAGGGAACUGAUGACCCCCAACCCCUCUGGAAAAGUUCAUUUUCACGAAGAAAGACUAUUAAAGUAGAUGAAUGGGGCAACUUAUGGUUAGUACCCAACGGUUUCCAUUAGAAGCUUGUAUGCUUCUGUUUCCAUUUAUUUGAGUGAUCUCGCAACAUUAAAACACACUACACCACCACAAAGUAACCUGAUCUGUAAUUUUUGCUCAUCUCCUACUUUAAAUGAAACAGAGAAAGUUAAUAAGUCGGUUAUAUUUGUGAAUUUACCUUAAUCAGGGCAAGCUUAGAUUUGUUAUUCGUCUCAUGGGCGUAAUGUUGAUAGAAUUAACGCCAUUUCGUGCAGGAAUGCAGAACAAGUCAAAGUUACAACCACAAAAUUAAUGCAAAACAAAGAGGAGAAUAAAAACUCUGAAUUCUGAAAUGACAACAAUGAAUACCCCUGCAUCUUGAAGAUACUUGAAGGGAAACCAUGUUCAAUUUACUGUUUUUCGAUCGACUGAUGCGACGUGACGCGCGAUGGCCCUUUAAAUGUUUGGUGAAAUCGACCCCUUUUUAGGGAGAAUUCGAUCAAGAACAUGCCACACAUUCAACCAAAAAAUUAAGGAAAAAUGAAAAGGAGAAUAAAAACUCUUCAUUCUAAAAUGGUUACAAUGUAUAGCUUGUGCUUCGUGAGGCAAAAUUGCCACUCUUCUCAUCUAUCGAUCGACUGACGCAACGUGUUGUGUUGCGUGAUGUGUUGCAUGCGUUGAUGUUUUUGGGAAGACUGGUAACAAGUAAUGGCAGCCAAAUAUACGAGCAUGCGAUAAAACGAGUUGUAGUCGGUCUAAUUCCUUUGAAAUUACAUCCAAAACGCUUUUGGAAGAAAGGAAACCUGGUUAAGAUUAAAAGGAACAAUCUUAAGUGAUAUAUUUCAAGUUAUUUAUGUCCUAAAAAUGAUCUACCAGGUCGGUAAGAAGCAAUGUUCGAUCUCAGGUCGAAAACAAAAUGAUAUUGCCCCCCUGGAAACUGAUUUUAUGGUCCAACCCCCCUCCCUUCUGGAAUUUCCUGGGCCUCUGACCCCCCCACCCCUCUGGAAUUUCCAAUUCCCUCCGUGGUGGGGGUCUGGAUAUUUUCUGGAACCACACAAUCAAAUUCUGACCUGCCCACACAGAAGGUCGUGCACCAACCAACAGUGCUAGACCUUGCUUGUUAUAUUGCACACCUCAUCAUCAAGACAGUCAUCUAAGGGUUGUUGUUAGGGGGAAAAUGCCAGAUAGUGCGUAGAUAACAAAUAAGGUUGACAGUAAUGUCCCUUACACAACUGGUUUAGUGACAGCAUAUUUAUGGAUUUGACAUUAAACAAGGUAGCAAUCAACAUUUGCAGUAACACAGCGUUGUCCCCCUUAAUGUCAUUUGGAUUUCGCAAUGUCAGGAAACAUUUUCUCAGACAUCAUGUGACCUUGAAGUAGCCAGUAAUAGGGCAUUCUGUUGAGAAAAAAUAUCAAGUCCGACAGCAAAAAUUUGCCAUGUCCUUUCUCUAUUUUAUCAACAACAUGUUUUUAGGCUUGUUGAUUCAGACAUUGCUGAGAGGAGUAGGCAACUUGAAGGAAUGUCUGAAAUUCAGUCUACCUAAUUUGCACAAGAAAGCAAAACCCUGAAGGAUUCUGGUAGAAGUAGUAGUAAAAUGACGCCAUCGUGCAAUUAGCUUAUUCUAUUAUUUUUGUUGGUCCUAACAGUAUGUUUUAUUGUCCUAUCUGGGGCACAUCUAUUUACACCUCUAUCUUCAAAUCAAAUGUGUGAUCAAGUCCUAAAAGAAGUGAUUGUCUUUAGUUAAACUUGUAUAUAUAUGGAUUUGCCAUUCUUUUUUGUAUUAUAGGAUGAAUUUAAAAAGAUACUGAAGCCUUUAGGUGAUGCUAUUUCUGAAGUACAGGUACAUAACAGUGUUAAAGGAUAUUUUACUUUUAUAAUAGAGUUAACUAAUUAGAGCUUAUUGCAGCCAUCAUUUUACCCUAAUACACAAAAACCCUUAGUUUUGUUGGCUACAGUUUGUAUUCAUAAAUUAUUUGGAAACAUGUGUCAACCCAUGACAUUCACUUUCAGAACUCUGUAGAAGUAAUAUUUCUUUCAAAUAGGAGUUCUUUGUCCCAUAAUUGAUUGGAUUGUGAUAACUUAUAUAUUUACCAGUGUUGCUCCAUUAGAAGUAAAACCCAAAAGGCAGUCGAUUUUUAUUUUACCUUUUUGUAGGGCUUCCGUGAGAAGAAUCGUAGUAGUAAAUUGUUCAACAAUCUGUCAGCUGUGAGUGAGGCCAUCCCAGCAUUAGGUUGGGUAUCAGUGGUAAGUUAAUUGGUCUUUUCUUAUACUCUUAUACUCCAGAGUUACUUAAGAUAUAAAUACUGAAAUAAGAGCUUCAGCUACAAAGCAUAGCAGAUUAUCAGUCACUACUGUUUCUUCUUACAGUCUACUAUCAGAAUGAUUCAGAACUUGUUACUCAGUGGUGGUGUGGCUUAAUGGUCAGGCCAUUCUCUUGUAGCUUCACUUAAAAUUAUAACUUUUAAUGAUGUCAUUUCUGUUGUUCAUAAAAAUACAUUAUUGUAUGCUAGUUGUUCCUUCUUGAUGCCCAAAAUCAAUAAAUAUGACAGUGUAAAAGGCAAAAUAUAACUGACCUUUCUUACUGUCUUCACCUCACUGUGUAUUUUUUUAAGUGAUGUGUACUUUCACUUAGAGUCCUACACCUGCACCAUACGUCAAGGAGAUGUUAGAUGCUGCCCAGUUCUUCAUGAACAGAGUCUUAAAGGAUUUUAAAGGAAAGUAAGUUAUCUUCUGAUAAUCAGAUAAUACCAGCCAGCCUGUCGCUAAAGUACAAUAUGCCAAUAGCCAAAUAGCCAGCAAAAUGACAUCAUAAAAGUAGCCAGAGGUUAAUCAACCACCAACAAUUCAGCAGUUUCACAGUUGUUUUAAAUGUAAUCCAAGAAAAAAUUGCCUGGCUUAAGUCUUGUAAGGCAUAUGUUGUAGUAGCAGCCUUUUAUAGUGUCGGCUGGGUUGUGAUUGUACUGCAAGCCAGUUCACAGCUUGAAUUUGUGUGAUUUCAUACCAGAGAUGAGAAGCAUGUGAAUUGGGUGAAUUGUCUGAAAGCUGCUUUGACUGACCUCCAAGCUUAUGUAAAAGCACACCACACAACUGGCCUGGUGUGGAGUAAAACUGUAAGUAGUGUCGAUAUUGUUUUGAUGUAAGAUAACAUUCACAUUAUCUAGUAGAUUCAAUUUUUGUUCCCUGUUAGCAGAGGUCUCUCACUGCAAUAGAAAAAUGAUAUGAAUGAGAGAGACCUCUGCUGGCCCCUGCUUGCACUGACAUUUCCUAAACAACCAGUAACAUUUUAUUUACAAGCGACACAACUUAUUGAACCCGUUUGCAUAAUAAAAACGGUUGGCUCAAAAAUUUCCAGCAUGCAGCAUGCAGUCUCAACAGGACACAUGCAUUCCAUAUUAAACAGAACCAGUUUUUUCAGGUGCCGGCAGAGGUCUCUCUCUUUCCUCUCCUUUUCUUCCUGUGAGAAACCUCUGCUACCAGGGAACAAUUUGUGUUGAAUUUGUUUAGUUGCAGAUCAUAACUGAUGUUUUGAUAUAUUAAGAAUAGAUAAGUGGGUCCUUCUGUAAGUACUGACAAACUACAAGAGCCAAAAGAACCAGGCGGGAAUGUCUGCUUGGGAGUUGUACUGUUAUUUUGUGUAUUCUGUUCUCUUUGGUACCUGCAGAUUGAAUCAAAAAGUAGGAUGUUCCAACAUCUUCAACACUGGGAGAAAGGAAUUUAUUGAUUUUAACAAUAUGUAAACAAAACUGCAAACAUCCACACACCACUGCAAUAUUUGUUCUUGAUUAUUUAGGGAUAUUUUUGUUAACUUCUAAAGCUAAGUAUUGAUGGUUCAUUCAAUAUUUUUUUUAAUAGGGAGCAGUUGCAAAAGCUAGUGCAGGGUCUGUACCACCUCCUCCUCCUCCUGGACCUGCACCACCCCCCCCUCCCCCAAUUCAAGCACCAUCACCAGCUCCUUCUGGUCAAGAUACCCAACGAGGAGCUGCAGCUGCUUUGUUCAGUGAAAUAAACAAGGCAGGCACCAACAUUUCCUCAGGUAUGUCAUAUCUGCAGUACAUAUUCAAAACUAGACUGUGAAGAGACCCUCUGUAUUUUGUGCUGGACCAUCAAAUUUAAUUAUGGAACUGCACUCUUGGAUAAAGUGAUAAAAAAGUCUGGGAAGAGGACAUACAUAUAUUUACCCUAUAUGAGCCCCUGGCCAUCACAGCUCAUUUUGUCAUUUUGAAGUCAAUAAAAAAUACUGGACAUUUUGUUGCAGGAUUACGGAAAGUGCGAGAUGAUCAAAAGACCCACAAGAACAAAGAUCUAAGGAAAACUGGUCCAGUUCCAGACAAACCAAAACCUGCUGUUGUCAGUGCUCCCAAGGCUCAAGCUGUUAAGAAGCCUCCAGUCUUUGGGCUGCAAGGAAAGAAAUGGCUUGUGGUAUGUACAACACCUGAGUUAAAAAAUAGAAGUUAUGUGUUCUUAACUUCUACAAAUUGAAGCCAACAACAAUCGGGGAAAGGAUCUGAGAUUAUGACCUAAGAAUAUUACUUUAAUCCUGUGAUCAAGCUCUCUCUGUUUGGGUCUCUUGAUUUAAGGCUCCCCCCCCCCAGCCAAGAGACCUUACUAACAGGCGGACGGGUUAAUAUUAUGAGUGAUUUAUCAGGUUGUUGAAUGACACAUUGAUUUUAACUGCAGGAGUAUCAAGAAAACAACAAAGAAGUUGUUAUCUCUGAUGCACAUUCAUCACAUACGGUGUACGUUUAUAGCUGCAAGAACAGCACCAUUCAGGUCAAGGGAAAAAUUAAUUCCAUGGUUGUAGGUUAGUAUCAAUUUCAAUUGUUAUUGUGCUGGAGUUUUAAAAGCAUGACCUUGUCAAAAAUCUGCAUUUGUUGGGCUGCUAGGUUUGAAGACAUGUUCAAUAGAUAGUAUUGUAGAAGAAUCCAUUGUUAAGAUUAGUGUCUCUCACUUGCUGUGUGACAUGUCUGUUGUUGAUUUUGUCAGAUAACUGUAAGAAGACAGCAGUAGUUCUUGAUGGAGCAAUUGGUACUGUUGAAUUUAUCAAUUGUCAAAGUGUCCAGUGCCAGGUCAGAUGAUUAUUUUCUUGUAAAUGAAAAUGUCUCCAAUUUUUCUUUCUUUCUUUCUAUUUUUUUGCAUUAAAGUCUUCUUACUUGCAAGUCUUCACCAACUUAUAUUAUCUGAUUUGCAUUUUUUCAAGCCGUUUAAUUGUUUUUUGUGAAUAUUUAAUUAUCUUAGCGCAAUGGGGCAAAAAUAGAUCAGGUGACUAGUUAUUUUGAAAACCUAGAAGUUCGUUACACAACUCACAUUUCAAAAGUGUCAUCACCGAUCGCAUAUCGAAGCUUACUAGCCGCAUAUGGAACACAAAUUGUAAGUAUAAUAUUUGCCCGUCGCUUCAACCAAAACUGACAUGUGUAAUAACCUUCUUUGUGAUAUUAAUUUAAUUUUUCAGUUGAUUACUACUUCUUGUUCUUCUACAACUACAAGUGCAAAUAAAUUCCAUGUACAGUCAUGUACGCGAAAAUCAGUUAGUGGUGAAAUCUUCAACAUAAAGUAGCCCUUCAAUCACAGGAGCGAAACAUUAUCACAACCAAAGUGGUUUACUUGUGUCUUGUAAUUUUUAUAAUAAUACCAAGAACAAUGUACAAUUUCAUCGUAGCAAUAAUAUUGUUGAUGGUCUACACAUUCAGGCACUAAUCUUGUAGUGUGUACCCUAGUUGUCAGUAAUUUAUUAUUGUUGUUUCUUCAUGAGCUCAACAAAUAUAAUACCAAAAGUCGGUCAAAACUUUAUGAACUGGACAAAGAUGAUGUAAAACAAGACUUCUUUGUUUUCUGUUCAGGGAAAACUCUGCUUGGUAUUGUUUCAUGGUUUUGGUUCUUUUGUUUUACGUUAUCGUCUGUGUCCAGUACAUGAAGUGAAUGCCCAAAAGUCUGAUUGUACUCUGCCAGGUCAUCCCCCUUGUAAGCUGCGACUGGCAGUAUUUACUUUUUUAGAUUUAUUUACAGAGCAUAACAUUCUCACAUACAAAACACAUAGGAAAAAAAACAAACUACUUGUUUUGUCAUAUGACAAAAUAGUGUUAUGGGGAACAUAACCUUCCUCAUGCCAGUUGUGGGUAGGUAAAUGUAUUCACGUAAGUUUUUAUCUGUUUGUAAGUUUUGUUUGUAUUCCUACAGGUCAAUGAGAAGGUUCCAACAGUGUCAAUUGACAAAACUGAUGGCUGUCAAGUGUUCUUUCCUAAUGGUAUUGGUUCAACGGAAAUAGUUACUGCUAAGUCUUCAGAGAUGAACAUUAUGCUUCCCAAAGAUGGUGAACAGGACAUGGUGAGUACAAACGUAACUCCUCACUGCUAGCAGGAAAUUAUUGUAUUUUGUUACUACCCAAUGUUGGUAAUGAUAAACUGUUUGCUUUCAAAAUUGUAGACUCCCUGUACUGCAUGUUCUGUAAGAAUGAGGUGGAAUCUCAGAGCAUUUAUUUAUUUAUUUUUGCAAAGUAGUGGAUAUGUUUUGGGAAGAGGUUUUAUCGUGGAUAGCCCUUUGUAGUAAUGAAGUAAAGGUUAUUUCCUUUCCAGACGUUUUUUUUGGUAAAUUCAAUACCGAUAAAGAUUUUACGAUAAUCAAUCACAUCCUUUUAUUAGCAAAAUUCUUUAUUUAUGUGUAAAUAAGAUAAAAAAGAACCAUCACUUGACGUUGUUAAGGCUAAAUUAAAAGCUAACUACAGAUUAGAACUUUGUGUUGCCAAAAAAAAUGAUGUUCUUUCAACGCAUUAUGCUAAAUGGGAUGCAUAUAUUUCGAUACUUUCUUAAUCCCUGUUUCUAAUACAUUACUACAUCACUUGAUCAACACGUUAUUGCCGCGCAGUACAUAAUAUACGCAAUAUUUAAAUGUAUAUCUUUUUUGCAUUUUCUCAUUGUUAAUUUCUUAAUAUUGGCCUUGCUCUUUUUUUCUUAUAAAUACCUUAACAGCUUAUGUUUUUUGUUGUAUGUUUUUGUUGUCGUUGUUAUUGUUGAAUAUGUAAUGUGUGAAGCUUUAGUUUGGUUUUUGUCCGGCAUCUACUAUAAGUAAUUAAUGUUGAUAUUGUAAUGUAAUGUAAUGUAAUGUAUCGAAAGGAAAGAAAAAUAAAAAAUGGAAAAAAAACUACGCCAUGUUUAACUAUUAAAUACAAUUUGUGCAGGCAAGUUUCUUAUGUACUAACCAAAUCAAGGUAGUCGGCAGGGAUAGAUCCAGAAAAUUCAGAAAGGGGAAACUGGGACGCCAGCUACACAGAUACUAUUUACUUUAUUUAAAAAUAACACAAUAUUCAAAAGGGAAAGGAUGGGGUGCUACUCUUGGAUCACUCUUAUAACUGCUUUGUCUUUCUUGUACUGAGCAAAUGGUAUCAAGUGUGUCUAGUUAUUCUUCUCUGUUGUGCAACCUUCACAGCAGAUUGCGUGGUGAAUAGUACAUUUGUGUUGUAGUCUUACUGUUUGUUUUGUUAUUGUUUCAACAGGGGGAAUAUUCCCUGCCUGAACAGUUUAAGAGCGUAUGGAAUGGCAAGACAUUUGUGACCACUAGCAGUGAAUCUCUUGGAUAAAUGCAGAUGGAUUGCAAGCAAAUUUUGAAUUGCAUGGCCUCAGCAGUGAAAUACAUUUUCAGUACACACAAUUUAGAAUCAGCCUCUUGCAUAUGAUUUGAAAAAUAAUAGUAAUAAAAACUACUCUUUUGAAAUUUCUCUAAUUCCAGCUUUUCGAUUCAGUGAUGUUCAGAUGCCAGUUUCUAAAUGCGGAUGCAGAUAGGGCCUCUGUCGUUCAUUUAUUUGUUCAGGAAUUACUCCACUUUUUGGAAUUAAUGCACAAACGUCCCCGUGAUACGAAUGCGUCAUUUAAGUCGUUAAAAUACUUCAAGCGGUCAGUUCUUUAUUUUCUUGGUAUGUAAUUAGCAAGAAAAAAGUGAUUUUAUAAACAUUUUUUACCUUUGAAAGUUAAAGAUAGAUGAUGACUAUUUUCCUUUGGCACUAUAGUGGCAACCAAAAAUAAAGUACCUAUGUUAACUUGAUCUGCCUUCGUAGAUAGGAUUCUCUACGUGUUCGUCGUAAGAUUAUCCCCGGC